AUUUCCCUCCAUGAAGCAUGAACAUUUUUUCUAUGGCAGACUCAAAAGGAAAUUUAUUGACACACAAAUGUAUGUAUGAAUGUAGUGGAAUGCCUUAGGAAGAUAUUACGUGCGUAGAAAAAGCCAUGUGCUGAACAACAGAAAAGGACUGUUUGACAGUACAAUUCAAUGCCACAGUGUAGUUGUUUUGGCUAACGCUUUUUCAACCCCCUCGCUUUUUUUCGUACAAAAUAGCGAAGUGUGUUGAGGUGGCUUUCCUAAGCCAAAAUAGCCAGGGGGUUCAAAAACUCUAUCGCUUUCUUUGCUUUCUUCAUUUAGACAAAAUUUAUUUUAUACUGAAAAUUACCAGGUUACGCUGGUCACAAUAAGACUUGGAAGACCUGUUAUGUUUGUGACUUGCUUAUAAACAAAGAAUGGUUCCUUCAAAGCUUUGCUUGAUUACACAGUUUACAAUGCAUUGGUUUAUCGUUAUCUCGUUUCUCCCUUAAAUUAUCUUAUCUUGCCAGGGAAAAUGUUGAAACUGGAUUACAUCCGAGCAAUAUGAUUCAAUUGAUAAUCGUUUUAAUCACACUUGUGCCACGUUUCAGCUGCAACAAUGGCAUGAUACAAGAGAUUCUGCUUGCUGAUAAAAGUUCAAAAGAUGUGAUGCCAUCGAUUCGAUCACUUAAACAAAGCAGCAAGGUGCUAGCUGUCAAUCAAAUUGACGAUUUUGAUGCUGUUGCUAAGCAGAAGGAGAGUUAUUUACAAAAAGUGCGUGGAUACUUCAAAGCCCCAGAAACGGGGGAAUACAAAUUUUACAGUAGUUGUAGUGGCCCAUGCCAGAUCUUCAUUGGACAGGAAAAGUCUCUUAGCCCAAGAAAAAUCAUAAACCAAAAAGAGGAAUCUUUACAUAACGAAUUUACCAGAUAUCCCGAUCAGGUGUCACACACGAUUUACCUUGAAAAGGACAAGUUAUACUACAUUGAGGGUGUUGAAAAACAACAUGGAGGCCUAGGCCAUUUGUCAGUUGGGGUCGUACUGCCGAGUGACGAAAAGAUAUUCCCAAUAUCAAAAAAGUAUCUUAACGUUGGAGACGUUGGUGGUUUAAACAGAAAGGAAGAGAUUUCCAGGAAUAAUGGACAGGACCUUGCUAAGCAAAAAGAUAAAAUGAUAAAAAAGCUACGAGAUAUCAAUGAUUACAUUAAAAAGUUAACAGAUGAAGUGAAAAAGAACCCAAAACUAGCUAAAAGCGUCAGAAAGCAAGAAAAUGUAAUUGGGGAUGGUUCCAUUCUGAUAAAGAACGAUAUUGGUGACAAAGAGAGAGGCAUAGAGGUUGUUGAGAAAGUCUCAGAGCCAAUGUCUGUGAAAAAAGAUGAAAGUUUGUCACAUGUCAAUCGAAAGGAGAAUGAAGAAGAGCAGAGCUGGUCAACUGGAGAAGGAAGUGCUCUAAAGAUGGUUGCCGAGGAACAAGGCUUUGGUGAGAAAAUGGAAAGUGGUACAACUGGAACAAAUCAGGCUCAGCAGAGUCAGGAAAAUCUUGACAGGAGUACCAAGAAUGUUAAUUUGAAAGAAAAAGGGUUACAAAAGGAGGUACAUGUGCCUACAAAAGGUGUGAGUAAUAAUAAGAAAAAAAGGGUGAAUGAAAAAGAUAUGCUGGUGGCGGUGGUAGAAAAGGGAGUGAAAGAACACAACGCACCAAAGAUGAUGCACGAGACAAGUACAAAAGUCGUUGAUUUGACUGCUAAUGAAGAUAGUUCAGGAAAUGGGAUUAAGGAAUUGCAUCCAGUUCAUGGGCACCCAUCUCCUGCUGUAGAAUUUGAUAAAAGUCCUACAGGAAAUGUUGAUAGCGAACCUAAGCAGUUGGUUGUGGACAAUGAAAGUCAGUUUAAUGGGCUACAGCUGCCUCAUGAAAAUGAUCACCCUGAACAAAAUGGUGUUAAUCAGGCACCGGCUUUCAGUGACCACGAAAAUAUGUUGGGACCUAUUCACGGAGAUUCUAAACUCAUGGUAGAACAUAACUAUGUCAAAAUGCUUAAAACUGGUAAUAAGGUUGAAAGUGUGCACUCAACGACAAAAUAUGACAUGCAUCCAACAAAUAAUGACAUGCAUCAAAACAUUGAUGAAGAUGAUGAUAAUGACGAUGAUGUACUUAGAUUAACGAGUUUUGCAAAAGAAGAAAUUUCACGAAACGGUAACCUAUCUGACAGUGCUAUUAAGAAAUUUAUAAAGACAAUCAAACGAAAGUUGAUACAAAGUGGUUUCGUUAAACGAGCAAAUAUGACAUCAGUGAAUGAUACAGGCGUGUCGCACACGGAAAAGAAAGAUGAAAGAGAGGCGAAUAUUGGCGAGAAGAAUACUACUACAAAGGAAUAUAACAAGGAGACGAGGUCAAGGGCAAGUCCAAUGGAAAGUUUCAAAGUUAAUCCAAACAAAGGAAAACUGUUUUUGUAUGACGAAGUUGUCUCUAAUCUGUUGCGACUUUUAAAGGGUAAUGUGGAGAAGAAUACUGAAAAGGAGUUGGAGAACCAAAAGAGCUCUAUUGAGGCUGACGAAUCAAAAGGUAGUGCACAACUCAGAGCAAAGUUAAUAAGCACAGGUAGAGAAACUGAAGAACGAAGAAGAAUGCUAAAAAGUCUCCAUUUGCUCAGCGACGAGAUCGACAAUUUUAAAAGGAUUCUACAAGAGCAUGAAAAUCAAAGAAGGUUGAGCGAUGUUACUGAGAAAGCUAACUCAUAUUCACAGAAGUCAGAGGUGAAUCAAAUAACGCCCUCAUUCGAAAAAAUGACGUCACCAGGAGAUAUGAGUAAUGAUGCUGAGGGACAAUCGGACUUGGAACCAAAGAAGACAAAUGACGAUAAACCUUUGGCUCGUCAGUCAGAUGGUAAUGCUGUAAGUCGGACAAAAAUGCCAGAAAAUUAUGAAAAUGCAGAGAAAUAUGGUGAAAAAAACAACAAACAGCGAUUCGGUCAGGUUGUUGAGGAACGAAUAAAACAAGAAGCAAUCUCAAGCUCUGAUUUGAAUGGAAACAUGGCUGCAGAUUUUAACAAAAAGCAAAGUCAAGAUACUUGGGAAAAUGAGGAAAAUACUAAACUAAAUCUUAGUUUGCCUACAGAGUUGAGCAAAGAAAGAAACGUAGAAAAAGAUAGACCAUUGCAAUUCAGCAAUAAACCAAAACAAGCAGAUAGUGUUCAGAGAUUCCAGCAAUCCGAAAAAUACAUGUCAGAUCAACUUAGUAAGUACAUAACAAAGUCAUCAUCAAGCAAACCUUUAUUAAUUGAAGGGUAUACAGGGCUAGUGAGGAAAGUAGAGAACGAUAAUACAACCGACAUAGAAAAUCCACUUUUAAAAACAAAAGAUACAGCAAAAGACGAUUUGCCUGAUAACAAAGUUUCGUACACUGAUGCACUAACCAAAACAGUAGAAAACCUCUUGACUGGUGUGAGUGUACCUGCAUUGCUUGCAGAUCCAAUGACAGGGGCGUUACCUUAUGACGAUGGUCAAGGAUUAAUGGAAAACAAGCAAAUCAAUGGUAAACAAAAGAGCUUCAUUAGCAGCAAAAAGGUAGCGCAGAAUCGACAACCAUACAAUCUGGAAACCAGUGACGUCAUUAGUGGUUUACGAAAUGGCGCUUCUGAAACUAACAGAAAAAUGUUUGGAACAAAUAACCAAAAUAGAGAGACAGGUCUGCAAAAUGUCACUGGAUCAAAGAAAACAUUGAUCUCAAAGAGCUUCAUGCAAAGAAAAAAGAGAAGGCACAACCGAAGAUUGCAACAAAAGAAACGAAAACUUAGAGGAUCCUUUUUUCAUAACACUGACAAACGAGGGGUCUACAUGGGGACUUAUAAGAGAAGCAAUAAUAAUAUAUAGCAUAAAAACAAGUCCAAAUACAAUUUUUCAUGAAAAGCAAGGAGUGCUGCAAAUCCUUUUAACCUAUCUUUUUAACAAUUUGUUUUUUGCUAAAAAUGUAUUUUUGAUUUAUUUUGAGUGUUUUUUGAAAUGAAAGAAGGGUUUUACUGACAUUUCAGUUCAUUUUUCAUACAACUGUAGCGCUUACAUAAGAUUAACAAUAAGAUUAACAAAUUAAUAACUGACUGCAGUUUCACAUUUCUCCAGAGUACCUAGCUUUAAAACUAUGAAUAAUGUCGGUAAAAUUUGUAUCGAAAUACUGUCUCACACACAACAGGCAAUUGCCAAAAGAAUAUUUAUAUUUGAAGCAUUGUAUUUUUACUAUGAAAAUCUUUCUGCCAUGAAAAUAUGAGUAAUUGUUUUUAGAAUUGAUUUGUUGGCCUUUUUAGAGAAAAUUCCUCAAUUAAGUAUUCGUCUCAAUGGCCGAAACAGUACUUCAAAUACAAAUGAUUUAAAAUUUUAAUCGAUGCAAGUUAGAAUAACGAUAAUUUAUUUUUCUUAGAAUUUUUGAUAGUGUAUGUGUGUUUUUCAUUAAGGUUUAUAAACACAUUAAAGGUACCGAGUUAUCUAAGUGUAAUUUUUCAUACAACACACGGGAUCUCUUAAAGUCCAUGGCCCAAAAAGCCAGUAACGAAAAGAUAAUUUAAAGGAUAUAGUGUUAAAGAGGGAUCUAUGGCUUGCUUUUGCUGCAGAAAACAAGUUGGGCUUUGUCAUUUUUUACAAUUAAAGUUCAAUGAUAACACAAUCUCAAACUCUCCAACAUCAAACUACGAGCGAGCACAUCUUUUAGGGUGAGGUUUUAUAAGAGAAGAUGCAAUGGUGAGUUAUUCUGAUGUGUAUAAAAAUAAUCGAGUCUCCUUCCUCGUUUUGAAUCACACUGCCUCGUUCCUACUCAUAAAUUUUUGCGCGAAUCUUGGCGGAAUUUAAACUCAUCUUCUUUUCAGGCCAGGGUGUGCAUAUUUUGAGGCAACUUAAAUGUUUUCUCUGUCUGUUGCUGAGCUUUCACCGUUGCUGUGACAUAAUGGAGAAAAUCGUAGUUCUUUUAAAUUUAUAUAGCUGUGCCUAGGCCAUGAACAGCAAAGAAAAAGCUGUUAUGGAUGGAUGGAUGGAUGGAUGGGUGUGCGAUUGGCAAGUGGCAUGUGCCUGCUGAAAAGGAAAAAUUUCAAUCAAGGCUCAGAAACUACAUUACUUGAAAUACAUGGAAUACAUGUUAAAAAGAUUAUAAGAAUGGAAGUGGAAAAAUUGAAUAUAAAGAAGAGAAAUUAUUACCAAUUAACAACAAAAAGAUGGUAAUGUAGAGGCUAUGAUCUAGCAUGAAACAAUGAAAACAAAGCCCCGAAAAGCAAUAUUUAGGCCACUGAGAAGAUUAGAUAAACUGAUCGCUUUGGAGAACCUAAUUUGGGAGAAAUGCAGGAUGGAUUGAGCUGACUACGUGCGAUUUGGAAGAUAAUUCUUCUAAUUUUACUAAAGGAAAACAGGCCGACAUAAUAAGAUUAGAGAUGCAUGAGAAAUCAGGUGUCAGAUUUCGAGACAUAAAGAGCACGUUGCAUCAAAUAUAUAUUAGUGGGAUUAUUAUUAAAGGACAGGAGAAUAUUACUAGGCUGUUAGACCGGUUGUGCUUGCAUCAGAGCAGGAAAGAGCCUAACAGAGAAGAAAGCCUAUUGAUACAGAAAGGUAGUCUGAAAAAAGUAGAAGAACCUCCUAAAUGCCAUUGCAGAAAAGUUAACCAAAUCAAGAAAUGUGAACAUCUGGUAUCUAAUGGAUUUAAAGAAGGCAAAAUAGAUGAUUUUUCUUCUGUGUCAGGGAAUUUUAAUUCGUUUAGUGCGCUUAAGGAAACAGAAUACCAAAGCCGCGUCGUUGACAGGGCGUUGAAUUGCAGCAAAUACAACUGGGAGAGAGAUAUUGAUGCUUUUAAAGACAGUGCUGAAGUUGAUUGCAGAACCGCAAUGAGGCAGAAGAAGGACCUAUCGAUUUGUGAGACAUCGUCGACUGAACUUGAAGGAAUUGCAUCUGUGUGUACGAAUAAUGAAGAAGAGAUCAUGGCUGAAAUACAGGCAUUUGAAGAGAUGUUAGAAAGGAAUCUUCGCGAGGCAGAAAAGUGUCUUCACGAACAGUUAAUGAUUAAAAUUGGUUACAGAUAUCUAAUACAGAGUGUCAGCUUAAAAAUCAUUGAGACUGAAAAAGAGCUUAAGCAGGAAAAAGAACGAGGUAGACGACUUCAGAAAAUUUGUCAAAAACGUAAACUUAAAUCCGUUAAAGUCGGAGAUGAGGAUACAGAGAGUUACAUGGUUAAAGAACAGGCUUGCAAAGAAAGAAACGAAUUUAUGGAGCUCUUAAGGAUAAAGGAGUCGAUUUUGAUGGCCGAUUGCAUUAUUAGUGCGCAAAAAGAUGAGAUUGUUGCCAGCGAAAAACUGAUUAAAGAGUUUGAUUUUUGUAUAUCAAAGAAGACAGAGGAACUAAAUAAGCUAGAGAAGCAAAUAUAUUCAAGAAAAUCAUAUGACCUCGCUAGGCCACAUUACUGCAAUAGAAAUCUUAAAAACAUAUGGCUUGAAGGAUGCGGCAAAGAUAAAAAUGUUUAUGAAAAGUCGUUUUUUAAGGAACUACAGAUAUUUUCUGCUAACGGUUUUGGAGGUGAAGAGCAUUGUCCAAUGUUGUGUGGUAGUGACAGCAAUGAUUACAAGGAUUUUGCUCGAGUCAGUAGGUGUUUCAGGUGCAGCGAUUGCGGCAAGAUUGGUGUAUAUUGCAAUAAAAAUGGUGUCAAUGAUUGUACUGAUAAACUGCAACCAUCAAAUGAAGUAUGCGAUUGUUUAUACGAAUUAAAGAGUGAGGGAACCUCAUUUGGGCUAAAGGCUGAACUGAACAGCUUCCAUACUAGUAUACUUUCGCAGCAUUACCUUGACCAUGAGUGCGACAGCUGGUUUUAUAGGCUACAGGUAGCCUCGAGGAUGUUGCAGAUACCCUCGGAAACGAGACUGGAACCAAUGAAUGAGGCAAACAAUGCUCCGCGCGCCCUUGGUCGGUCACGAAGGAGCAGUAUCAAGCAGCUUCCAAGGGAUACCAUAUACAGAACCAAUGCUAUUGCAGUGUAAGGCUACUUCUGAAUUAGAAAUGCUAGUGGACUGAGCGAUUGUGUAAAGAUACCAGGGAAAAGUAUUCCGACUGUACAUGAAAACAAAGUCUAAAAACAAACUGAAUUUAAACUGAUACGUUGUUAUAUCUGAGAUGAAUAUUUUUCAAACCUCUUCUCACUCAAAAACUAUAGCUUCGUAUCAAAAUAUAUGCAUGAGCUGUAUAUUAAAUCUUCCGACCUUAGAUUCAAACAUAAUUAUGAUACAAUGAAUUGAAACUGAAUUUAUAUUUUUCUGAGAUUUUUAUCAAUCAAAUGUCUCU